GAUCUCGUCUGAUAGAGGCUGGACGCCCUUCGCUUGUUGAGUUCAUUGUGUGUGUGUGUGUGUGUACUAGUCACGCUUGAUUACGGUGUGUGUCCCGUGUUUGGUAACAAAAGCAUUUCCACCUAUCCGCCCACCCUACGCCUUUUUUAUUUUAUUUUUGUUAUUUUGGGCCAGCCAGUCGAUAAACGUAUCGUUUAACGUCCGACUAAUCAGAGCCAAUUGAGGAGACGACAUUACCACCACGCAUUCCUUGCCCGACCCCUUUUUUCUUUUAUUAGUGAGUUAGGAAUUUCAAAUUUCGCGCUCCAACUGCCAUCUGGCGGAUGAAGAAGAGACUUGGCAUUGGAAAUGGCGGGACGACCGGCUUCGCGUUAGUUCGUCUGCACACACUGUGUUUUGUUGACACGCGAGUAAAGGUAUAUAAACCGCUUUUUUUUCCCGAAAUUAUAAGAAGAUGGCAGUCGCCGAAUUGGAAGAGCUGAAAAAUCAUUUUAAAACGCACACUCGAACGAGGGAAGUCUCUGCACAUUCGGCCAAGGUUCACACGGUUGAUUGGAAUUGCGAUGGAAGACGGUUAGCGUCGGGUUCCUUUGACAAGACGGUGUGCAUUUUUACUAUGGAAAGCGACAGACUGGUUAAGGAGCAAACGUUUGUGGGACACAAUGACAGUGUCGAUCAGCUAUGUUGGCACGAAACCAAUCCUGAUUUGCUCAGCACCGCCAGUGGAGACAAAACCAUGAGAGUUUGGGAUGCAAGAGUUAAAAAGAGUGUCGCCACAGUAAACACCAAGGGAGAAAAUAUCAACAUCACGUGGUCACCUGAUGGAAAUUCCAUUGCAGUGGGAAAUAAGGAAGACCUUGUUACUUUUAUUGAUGCCAGGAAUUUUAAGAUUAAAAUAGAACAUCCGUUCAAGUUUGAAGUCAACGAAAUAGAAUGGAACAAGGCUAGCAAUCUUUUCUUUUUGACUAGUGGGCAAGGCUGCAUCCACAUAUUAGAUUACCCAGAGCUUACGACCGUUCACGUCACACAGGCUCACCCCGCCAACUGCAUUUGCAUCGAAUUCGACCCCACUGGACGGUACUUUGCCACUGGGUCGGCCGACGCCCUAGUCUCUCUGUGGGAUGCCGAUGAAAUUGCUUGUUUGCGCACUUUCUCCAAGUUGGAUUGGCCAGUUCGGACAUUGAGUUUCAGUCACGAUGGGUCCAUGUUGGCGUCCGGGUCAGAGGACUUGCUGAUCGACGUCAGCCACGUAGGUACAGGCGAGCGCGUUAUCAGCAUUCCAGUUGACACGCCAACCUUCACAGUCGCCUGGCAUCCACGCUCUCACCUGCUGGCCUACGCCUGUGACGAUAAAGACGACGGAAACAGAGACGCCGGAACUGUGAAGCUCUUUGGUCUCUCUAACGAGUGAUGGGCCCAUACGAAUCAAAACUAGGAGGUCUCGUGUUUUAUACAGAAUCCAGCUUUUUUUUUUUUAUUUUUUCACUUGCAGAUUUUCUUGUUUACUCUUGUCAAGAACUAUUUGCCAAGCUUACAAACUUCAACUGUGUUGAGAGAGAUACAAGUAAAAUGGAUCUCAGAUCAGAGAUCUUUUCCAGAAAACUGAA